CUAACGAUAACUCGUAAAGAGCAGUUGUUAUUUGUGGUAACACUGGCACCGGCUUAUGUUUUGGCAUUCAAUCGGCGAUUUAAAUCCUCGUUCAGCCUCGUAAGAACCAUUAUGGAUGUUGAGCCUAUUACAACCGUAAGCCCUGAUUUGGAACAUCCAGACGAUGCCCAAUACAUAUGGUUACCCAUUUUGGUGUUGGUGGGAGUAGUUCUGCUUGCUGGUUUGGUAUAUGUCAUGUCACGUAGCCGCCGCUCAUUCAAUUUCAUAUGCUUCAAGCGACGUAAUGCCACUCGCAAUGGCUACACAAAUGUUGACGACGACGACUCAGAUGUAUCCAUGGCUGGGGCAGACGAACCAAAUGCAAUUACCAGUCUGCUCGAUGCACGCUUGCAUAUCGAACCUGUACAGCGUACAGGUAGCUAUGCCCAAUCAAAUCAAGCGUAUCUGGAUGAAAACGAUAUUGCGUUGCGUGUCUAAUUAAGUACCAAAAUUAGGAAAUGCAGAAGUAAGAAAGACUAAACUCUAGCUUAG